AUGGCCUUGCUAAAAAAAUCACCGAAUAAUACUAAUACAAGUUAUUUAUCAAGUAAUGAUAAAGUAAGACGUUAUUUACAAAAUUCAACAUGUGGUUCAACAAUUAAUUCAAUAACAAUGCUCACAAAACCAUCAACAAAUAAUUCAUUUACUUUUCAACGUCGUCUACGUUCAUGUUCAGAAAAUGAUUCGAUAUCAUCAUCUUCAUCAUCGUCAUCUGUUCUUGAUGAAUUUUCAAGAUCAAAUUCUAGUAUUCAAUCAAGUUUAUCAGAUCCAAUUGCACAUUCUAGUAUUACUAGUUCGAAUAUAUCUUCAGAAGAAGAUAUUGAUUUUAGUAUUGGAUUUGAUCAAAUAAGUGAUGAUGAUUUUGAUGAUGAUGAUAAUCAUUAUAUCUCAAAUAAAAAUAAUUCUGAUGCAGUAACAUUAUUAGGUGAAGCUGUAUUAGAUGCACGUCUUAAUGAAUUCGACGAAUUUAAUCGUCAAUCUUCUAAUUCAACGAUUGUAAAUGGUGUAUACUAUGUAAAUAAAGAUGAUACAAUCAAAGAUAACUGUACAAAACAACAAAGACGUGCUACUUUUCUUUAUGAUUCAACUAAUACAUUAUGUUCGGAAGAUUGCUUUUCAGUAUACGCAGAAAAUGAUAGUGGCGAUGAAGAAGAUGAACAUAUAAAUGGAAUUAAUAUACGUUCAAAUUCAUUUAGUAUUCUUCGAUUUGAUGCAAAAUCAACUCUUUUGCCGAAAGCGCCAAAGAAAGUAGUCCGAUUUGCCGAUAUGAUGGGUCUUGAUCUUGAAUCUGUUCGCUACAUGAGUCCACCAGAUCAAAUAGCAUCAACACUUAUUCCAGAAUGUGUUCGUCAUCAAUUUGGACAAUUACGUUUUGGAAAAAAUCUCGCAGAUGUUCCAAGUAUUAUUACAAGACGAGCAACAAUAUCUUCACCACCAUCAACACCCGUGAAACAAUAUAAUCUUCUAUCAAAAAAUUUUACCUCUAGGACAAAUAUAAUUCCAACAAUUUAUGAGAACAAAGUUUUACUUGAAUGUUUACAUACAAAAGAUUCUACAGCCUAUGGAACAAUUCGUGUUCAUAAUUGUGCAUUUGAUAAAAAUGUUUUUAUUCGUUUAUCUCAAGAUGAAUGGAACACAUCAAUUGAUAUUGAAGCACGACAUUCAAUGAAUUAUUCACAUGAUAAUACAGAUACAUUUACAUUUGAAAUAAAUCUACCGAAAUCUAAUAAUGAUAAACUUGAACCAAAAAGAUUUCUAUUUGCUGUUUGUUUACAAGCCAUGUGGCAAGAAUUCUGGGAUAAUAAUCAAGGAUGGAAUUAUGUAUUAGAUGUAUCUGAAAAGUAA